GGGGCGCAGACUGCCCGCCGGGCUCCUCUGCUGGGGAUCGGCCCAGCGGCCAGCAGGACUGCCCUCCGCUCCCUGCCCGGCGUGUUCUCUCCAGCAUGGAGGCAAUAGGUUUCUUCAUCUUGGUGGGAUUUAUAGGACAGUUCCCGGCUUUUUCAAGCGCCUCCUCUCCAGUCGAUUGCCAGUGGGGUUCCUUCGGCCCUUGGUCAGAGUGUAAUGGUUGUACCAAGUCUCAGACCCGCAGGCGCUUGAUCGCCGUUCACGCGCAGUACGGCGGCCAGCCGUGCACAGGCGGGGCCUUCCAGACGCAGGCCUGCGAGCCUGCCCAGGGGUGCCCUGCGGAAGAGGGGUGCGGAGAGCGGUUCAGGUGUUUCUCAGGCCAGUGCAUCAGCAAGUCUCUGGUUUGCAACGGGGAUUCUGACUGUGACGAAGACGGCGCUGAUGAAGACAGAUGUGAGAAUGCAGAGAGUAGACUCUCCUGCGACCUCGAUAAACCUCCCCCCAACAUUGAACUUACUGGAAAUGGUUACAAUAUUCUCACCGGCCAGUCCCGGAGCAGAGUCAUCAACACGAAAAGCUUUGGUGGUCAGUGCAGAAAGGUGUUCAGUGGGGAUGGACGAGACUACUACAGGCUGAGCGGAAACGUCCUCUCGUACUCAUUUCAGGUGAAAAUAAAUAAUGAUUUUAAUUACGAAUUUUACAACAGUAGCUGGUCUUACGUAAAAGAAACAUCAACAGUGACUUCAUCAUCUACAAACAAACGCUCCUAUUUCGGAAUUUCAUCAUCAUCUUCUUCUUCAAAACGUGAUUAUUCAAAUUUCAAGGAAAAUCAGAAGAAAAAGAGCUACCAGCUGCUGGUGAUACAGAACACCGUGGAGGUGGCCCAGUUCAUCAACAACAACGCGGAAUUCUUGCAACUGGCCGAGCCCUUCUGGAGGGAGCUCUCCUACCUGCCCCCUCUAUACGACUACAGCGCCUACCGAAGGCUGAUCGACAAGUAUGGGACGCACUUUCUGCAGUCCGGGUCCUUGGGAGGAGAGUACAAAGUUCUCUUUUAUGUGGACACAGAGAAAAUGAAACAAAGAGGCCUUAGCUCAGAAAGUAUGAAGGAAUGUAGUUCCAAAAAUGUCAACUUUGUGUUUGUUACACAAUCUUCAAGCAAAUGCAAGGAGCUAGAGGACGCCUUAAAAUCGGCUACAGCGACCCACAGCAGCAUGCUGCGAGGGCUCCCGUUUGUGCGGGGCGGCCGUGCGGGCCUGGCGUCCGGCCUGAGCUUCCUGGAGCUGGAUAACCCCGCCGGCAACCAGAAGCGCUAUUCCUCCUGGGCCGGGUCUGUCACCCAGCUUCCCGACGUCAUCAAGCAAAAACUGACACCUUUGUAUGAGCUGGUGAAGGAGGUGCCCUGUGCCUCGGUCAAGAGACUCUACCUGAGACGGGCUCUAGAGGAAUACCUGGACGAGUCUGACCCCUGCCAUUGCCGGCCUUGUCGGAACGGUGGCCUGGCCACCGUGGAGGGGACCGAGUGUCAGUGCCAUUGCAAACCGUACACAUUUGGUGCGGCCUGUGAGCAGGGAGUCCUCGUAGGGGAUGAAGCAGGAAAGGUUGAUGGAGGCUGGAACUGCUGGUCCUCUUGGAGCCCCUGUGUUGCAGGGAAGAAAACAAGGCAUCGGGAAUGCAACAACCCCCCUCCCAGUGGGGGUGGGGCGGCCUGCAUCGGAGAAACGUCGGAGAGCAGGCCCUGCGGAGAGGGAGACGAGGAGCUGGAGCACCUUCGAUUGCUCGAACCCCAUUGCUUUCCUUUGCCUUCAGGUCCGAGGGACUUCUGUCCACCACCGCCUGCCUUGGACCAUGGAUUUGUUCAAGAUGAAGGCACCAGGUUUCCUGUGGGGAAAAACAUAGUCUAUACCUGCAGGGAAGGAUACUCCCUGGUCGGAGACCCUGUUGCCAGAUGCGGAGAUGAUUUACAGUGGCUCGUUGGGGAAAUGCAUUGUCAGAAAAUUGCCUGUGUUCUGCCUACACUGAUGGAUGGUGUACAGAGUCAUCCCCAGAAACCUUUCUACACAGUGGGAGACAAGGUGACCUUCUCCUGCUCGGGUGGCAUGUCCUUAGAAGGUCCUUCGACAUUUCUCUGUGGAUCCAGCCUUAAAUGGAGUCCUGAGAUAAAAGACGCCCAUUGUGUGCAGAAAGAUGCCCCUGUGACUCAGGCAGUGCCUAAGUGUCGGCCCUGGGAGAAGGUGAAGAAUUCGAGAUGUGUUUGCAAAUUGCCCUACGAAUGUCGGUCCUCCUUGGAUGUAUGUGCUCGGGACGAGAAAAGCCGCAGGAUACUGCCCCUGACCGUUUGCAAGGUGCACGCUCUCCGCUGCCAGGGCAAACACUUCACUCUUACGGGCACGGCCAGCUGUGUCCUGCCGGCCCCCGCCCGGAGAGCCUGUGGCGCGUGUCCCCCGUGGGGCAAAUGUGACGCCGAGGGCAGCACAUGUGUCUGCAGAGAAGCAUCGGAGUGCGAGGAGGGAGGGAUCAGCAUCUGCGUGGCCGUGAACGGCGAGGAGCGGACGAUGACGGAGUGCGAGGCUGGCGCCCUGAGGUGCGGAGGGCAGAGCAUCUCCGUCACCAGCAUAAGCCCCUGCGAGCAGGGAACCCAGUAGGCUCCUGGUUGCCGCGGGCUUGCUCGGGAUCAGCAGUCGCCGUGGCUGGACUGAAACAGCCAUGUAACUGAGCACUCCAGCCAAGGUCUCCAGGGGGAGGCACAUUCCUUCUCCUUCCCCAGGGCCCACAUCCCCCCUUGACCCCCAGCCACCUGCAGAAGCCAAGCCGGAAUCAGAUACUCUAGCUCUUCUUUGUUAAAACAUCAGUAGGGGUGAAGAACAUUCUUGAACCUCUGCAUGAGUUAACUGUGUGUUCUUGGAAAAAUUGCUAACUUCUCUGGACCUUGGCUUUUUAAUCAACUCUCUGGACCUUGACUUUUUAAUCAGAAAAUUAGAGGGAUACACUAGAGAAAUGCAAAUGCUCCCUUCAGCCCUAUGACUCCUCCAAGUCUGAUUGACCCCACCCAGGGGCCCAAACACUGCAAAUUGAUUAGGAAACAGGAAGGUCCAAGAGGUACCCCCACCCUACAAUGAAACAAAAUACAAAGGGGACCUUGGAUGGAAAAGGAUUCCUUCCGAUGCAGCGAUUCUUUCCCAAGAAGGAUACUCAUGUCACCCUAUUGACUCCUGUAGGGGCCCCUGAUCUUGUCAGCAGAUGGAAACCCAAUGGUCAGAGCUGAACCCAUCAUGCUCUAGUCACGGCACCUUCUGCCCUUUUGUCUGAGAACAUACCCCUUUCAGUCUUCGUUCGGGAGCUUUUUUAGUGUGUGUCAAACACGAUACCUGCAGCCUGCCCCCGCCCCCCCCGCCUCGCCCCUUUUCUUUGGUGGGAAGUGUCAGUUCAUCCUGAGCUACGGCGUGAUUGCACACUAGAGAGAACAGCUUUCUCUGAUGAGGGUGCACGCCGAGAUUUUUUGGGGGCUGUAGAGGCAGAUCAAGUUGAAGCACUGGCAUUCAAUUUAUUCCAUAAUCAUUCUUCAUCCAAACAAAACAGAAAGAAAACGGCUGUGGGAGAUGAAACGAGUGGGCUUACACAGAACUUAAAAUGUGCUUUUAUAUACAAAUAAUGCCUCUGUAUUUUUCUGAUUCUGAUAAAUGCAUUUUGACAAAGCUUUAGUUAAAAUGACAAUGAUUAAAAUACUCAUUAAAGAUACUAUCCUUUGGAAA